CUUGGACAAAAAGAAUGAAUAAUGUCAUUCAUACGUCAAUCUAGCGAUGUUAAAAAAGUUAUGCCUGCAUUUUUAAACUGUUUAUAAUAUUUGUUAUUGAAAUAAAACGUGCUUGUUAAAUUACUUAAAGCUAUUUUUCACUAAACACUGUCAGCAUUUCAGCCACUAGUAAAAAAAUGGAUUUUAACAUUUCGUUCUGGACCGGCUUAGGAUGUGGUAUCUGCCUAGGUUUUUCUAUGUACGCUUUAAAGAAGUAUUUUGGUACGCUUCCUGACUCUGCAAAGGCUGUAAAGAAGUUCGUUUCAAACUCGGAAUACAAGCUAGUUUUAGUGGUAAGGACAGACUUAAAUAUGGGUAAAGGCAAGAUCGCUGCACAAUGCAGUCACGCUGCGGUAGGUGCGUUUGAAAAGGCGCAAAAACGAGACCCAGAAGGUCUAAAGUGCUGGCAAAUGACUGGACAAGCAAAAGUGGCUCUUAAAACUGACACAGUAGACGAAAUAAAGCAAAUAGCAGAUAACGCGAAGAAGAUGGGUCUCAUCACUUCACUAAUUCGUGAUGCAGGGCGAACUCAGAUAGCACCCAAUUCAAUAACAGUGUUGGGUGUGGGACCGGCUCCUAAGGAUGUGAUUGAUAAAGUUACUGGACAUUUGAAGUUGUUGUAAAUAAAGC